AUAUCCCAUUAUAGAUGGUUAUGAGCCACAUGGUUGCUGGCAAUUGAACUCAGGACCUCUAGAAAAGCAGGCAGUGAAUGCUCUUAACUGCUGAGCCAUCUCUCCAGCCUGCCUGUUCUUAUCUAAUAAGAGACUAAAAGGGAAUAGAUCCUGAUGGGAGAGGAAAUGAAGAGGAACUGGAAGGAGUAGAGAGAGGGGAAACUAUACUCAGAUUAUAUUGUAUGAGAAAAGAACCUCUAUUUAAUAAAAUAAUAAAACAUAUAAUAUAUAUGUAUGUGGAUAGACAAACAGACAGAGAAAUAUUAGAUAGUAAAUAAAGGUUUAGGGCUAAAGUAUAGCUCAGUGAUGGGGCCCUUACCUAGAGUAUAUGAAUAUAGAGUAUAUUCCACCCAUCACUACAAGAAUAAAAUAAACAAUUUCUCUAGAAAGUUAUUCUUGAUUGCCUGUUUGACACUUAACACUAGGAAGAAAAUAAAUUGUUUUUGAGAUUAAAACAGUAGAAAGUUUUGAAAAGUACUAAAUUUAUAAAAAGAAAAGUCUACAGACCACAAUGAGAGUUAGUAUUCAUAAUUUCUUACAAGCUUUUACUAAAGUUUUAAAAAUGAAGUUUUUACUGUAAAGGAAAAAUUGAUUUUGUAUUCUGUUUCCUUUUACUAUCAUAUUUAUGCACAUUAUCUAACUAAAAUGUUAAAUGACACACAACAGUGGAUUUCAACUCUGGUACCAGUACUGCAGAGGUGGAAACAGAAGUUUCAGAAGUCGCAGGCUACUUAAAAAGUUUCAGGGUAGGGCUGGAGAGAUGGCUCAGCGGUUAAGAGCUCCAACUGCUCUUCCAGAGGUCCUGAGUUCAAUUCCCAGUAACCACAUGGUGGCUCACAACCAUCUGUAAUGAGGUCUGGUGUGUAUGAAGACAGCUACAGUGUACUUGUAUACAUUAAAUAAAUAAAUCUUUAAAAAAAAAAAAAAGUUUCAGGGUAAUGGUUGCUCGGCCUUUGGCUAAGAUCAAGUGUAAAAGGUUUCAGGGCAUACUGGUAAACCUAGCAAGACCCUUCUUCAGAGAGGGAGUACAGUGGGGACAGAAGAGAAAAGGGAUUAAAACAAAGAGGGAGAGAAGAAGGGAAAAGAAGUUUUAUAUUCUCACAGAUAUUUUAGUGUUCUAGCUAUGAAUCUUUUAAUAAUGUUUCCUAAUUUUCUACCAUUUACUAUAUCAAAUAUUUUAGAAUACAAACUAUACAUACUAAUACAUUAUUCAAUCAUAUAACUAUGCCUAAUGAAGAAACAAUAUAAAGUUUGCCCUUCCUACCCCCAAAUACAUUCCUCUGGAAAGAUAAUCGCUAUCCUAUUGUUCGAUGACAAAACAUUUCCUGUAGAGACCCAGCAUGUCCACUGACCCCAUCUAGCAAGUCCACCACAAACCAAAUAUGGACACCAUCAAAGCCCAACUUGGUAAACCAAUGAGUUUAAUUGAGGUUACUUACAGGAGCAGAAAUGACUCAAAGACAGCUGCCUAAUUAAGGUCCAGCCCUGCAUAGGCAACAGCUCAUAAAAAGUUGGGAAUUGGAACACACUGUGCAGCCUGCGAGCAGCUCACAUGUUGGAGAGUGUACCUUCCAAGUGACUCUGGUCUAAACUUUCGACAGGCAGGUUCAGCUAGUUAGGGUUUCUUCUGGGCAGUUGGUCUGGUCCCAGAGCCCUCUUCUUUACAGUUUGGCUUAUCUAGGAGUGACUCUCAAAAGCUUUAUUGCUUACCCUGAGAGGGAGGUUCCUAAUGAGUCUCCUCAGAUUCAGGGACUUCCUGAAUUUAUUUUGAAUUGUUUUCAACCCGCUUAAAGAGCUCCCCUGUAGGAUGGAAUUUUUCAACUUGGGAGGAAACUGUUAUACAACACCUGAAUUUAAUAUUCAUUGCUUUUCAUAUUUAAUCUUCAUAUAUAUGUAAAUCAAGUUGUUAUUAGUUAUUCGAGAGUUCCAUACAAGCAUGUAUUGAUGAUGUCUGUCUCUUUUUCCCAAUUCUUCCCCAAUUCACUCUCCCUUUCUCCACCUACUCACUUAGUAUCUUUUUUUUUUUUAUAUAGUAUCUUUUUUUUUUUUUAUAAACCUUCAAGACCAGUUUUGUGCUGCACCCAUACUCUUGGAUAUGUGAUCUUCUACUGGCGAAUUUCCCAAGGACCACAUUCUUAGAUCCCCCCCCAACUCCCUACCCCUCUCACUGUCUCUCUUCGUCUCUGUCUCUUACUCUCUCUACCUUUCCACCUCUCUCUCUCUCUCUCUCUCUCUCUCUCUCUCUCUCUCUCAGCAGCCAAAACUUGCCAGUGGUACCAUAGCUUUGGGAGAGAUUCAGUACCCAUCUUCUGUCUCCUUGCUGUGAUUUGAUCUGGCUUGGGAUUGCACAAGAUUUUUAUGUGCUGUAGCAACCACUGUGAGGGUUUUUUUUGUUUUGUUUUUACCACCUGCAUAAAGUACAUACUAUUUUUUGCAUACUUGGAAACUUUACACCAUAGUUUUUUUUAAAAGAUUGAGAGGCUGUAAAAGAAGGCUCCAAAGAACUCUUAUUGCUUUUACAGGGUUGAAUUCCAAGAACUUAUAAUCAUCUUUGAUUCCAGUUCCAGGAGAUCCUUGGGCAUGAGGGAUACACUUGGUACACACAUAUAUACGUGCAGGCAAAAUACAUACAUACAUACAUACAUACAUACAUACAUACAUACAUACAUAUAUGAUAAAUAAAUUUAUCUAAAUUUUAGAUAAAUCUAAAAUAAAUUAAACUUUUCAGAAAGGUUAGGGUAUAGGUUGGUGAUAGAAGAUGUGCUUAGCAUGUAUAAGGUUCUAAUGUGAUGCUUAGCACUAAAAAAAAUUAAGGUAUGCAACAUUAUGUUUUGAUGUGCACCUUCAUCUUUCAACACUUAGAGAAAUCAAUUAAAAAUGGACUCCAGAGUAGAGCGCUUGCCUAGGAAGCGCAAGGCCCUGGGUUCGGUCCCCAGCUCCGAAAAAAAGAACCAAAAAAAAAAAAAAAAAAAAAAAUGGACUCCAGCACUCACCGUGCAACCCGAAACCAUAAAGCCAGAAGAAAGCAUGAGGAAUGUGUUUCCUGAUACUGGUGGUGGUGAUGAUUAUUUCAAAUCUCAGGCCAAAAACUUAGAGGAACAGAAAGCAACCGUUAGUAAGUGAGACUACAGCAAGUGAAGUAAUCUCUUAUUAGCAAACAAAACCGUCAACAGCAUGAAAAGAGCCUGGGAGGGAAGUACUACAAACCAUAUAGUUAACAAAAGAUUAAUAUCCAAGAUAAGCUAGAAAAGAUAGUAUAUCACAGCCCAAAAACAACAACAACAGCAGCAAGAAGAAGAAAACAAAACAAAACAAAAACCCCUGCUCAAUUAAGAAAAAUAGGCAAAACAUGUCAGUAGACACUACAAAGACAUAAAUAGGCCCAGGAGUAUUGUAGGGACAGUUAUUCCACUCAGGACACCUCAAGACCACAUUCUCAGCACAAAGGAGACUUAUUGGCCCCUGAAGGACAAAGGGCAGGGACUAAAAAACAAAAAUGAGAGAUAAAGGAUAAGGGAGAAUCUGAAGUAGCAAGAAGGAGGGAAGGGGUAUUUGUCCUGGAGGAGACACAAAGUACUGCCUCCCGAUAGAGAGGAGACAAACAUAGCCCGUAGGAAAAUGGCAGUUUAUGAAGGUAAAAGGGGAAACCCUGUAUUAAGAUGAGGCGCUUAAUUUUAAUUUGACAUGUUAAUUAGGUGAGCCAAAGGAGGCAUUGGAUUGCUGGACUUCAUUCAAUACUUUGAUAGCUGGACCUUGGUUCUCACCCUCUGGAGGAGGAAGUGACCUAAUAAGGGAAUGGACCUUGGUGGCCAGCUUUAGGAAUCUAAUCUCAUGGCUUUUUUAGCAAGGCAGAGAGAAUGCAAGAGAGGGGCGAGGCCCUGCCAGAGCCUUGUUUGACAUGCUUGGGCUGGCUAGAGUCCCUUUGGGUGCUGGAAAGGUAUUGAACAUUAUCAGAAAAAUAGCUGUUUAAAAUACAAUGAGAGAUCACCUCAAACUUGUGAGCUUAGUGGCUUCCAAGAUACAGUGUGGGUUGACUGUAGAGAAGAGGGCACAAUUGUACACAUGGGUUGCUAGGGUUGUGCUACUCCGUGACUUUGUGUAUUGGGGUCCAGGCAUGGCCUCACAAACCACUUGAUCAGUCAGACAGGGAUAGUUUAUUGAGCAUUCACUCCAGGGCUGACUGAUCAGAGAUACAGCCUAGACUCAGGAACUAGACUUUGACCCCAAUCCCACAGAGCUUUUAGGCCUGAAACCCACAAACAUCCUUGCCAAUUUAUUCUAACAGUCUGGAAUUAUGGGUAGGGGACUUCCUUAGGAACAUGUCUUUGUAGUACACUUAUCCUGUCCUCAUUGGUUGGGUUAUUCAACUGUGGCACGGUAACUUGACUUGCCUAGCAUUCAUGUCCCAACAAGCCAACCAGGAUGUCAGGUACCCACGUACAUACAUGUCUCUUUCUGCCAAGUAGGGUGUCAAUCCCAAGGAGGUCUUGUGUCCAAGAAUAAGUUCCCAGUAACAAAUCCAUGAGAAUGUUUCCUGUAACAGCAUAAAAUGUCUGGCUAUACAGGCAACAGUUACCCAGGCCUUAACAUGUACUUAACUUCUAGAAUCUCAGUCAUUUGCUUUCAAUACAAAAUAGUGCAUCUCAGUUUGUUCACUUGCUUUUCUAUUUAAGUCACUUCUAGUUUUUGGUUCACUGCAGCCAUGAAGAUAGUGCCCAACUGCCUGCUUGGUAAUCUGUAAUGUUGACUCUGGGUAUGUAGCGUCAGAUCCCAGUCUCCAAAGGGAUUCGUGCCUAGAGCCUCCUGUAUUCCAAAACCCAUGGAUAUUGAAGUCCCUUGUGUAAAACAGCUUUCUUCAUGCUGCCUAUCAAGUAUGCGUAUUGUGUACAGCACCUGUGGAUUGCUAAUAACACUCAACACAUUGUAAUGCUGGUAAUAGUUUUUAGUUUGAUGGCUUAUUUAGGGAACUUACCGUAAAUAAUAGGGGACAAUUGGGGACUUAUACAUUUUUGUUAAAUUUUUAUCUAAAAAGUACGGGUUCAAUACAGAUACAAGUUCUUCAAAUGGUUAGUUGAUUCCAUAGACGCCGAGCCCACAGAUAGACGGACUACUGAAUUGUGUGGAUGUAGAGCCCAAGGCUUGAGACCCUACAACUUCAGCAUCAGGGCACCUCUUAGGCUGAAGCUUUGUGAAGCCACCUCACCAUCCUAAGUUCUGGAAGCCACUGGACUGUUCUUCGUUUUAAGGAUUGUAUAUAAAUGGAGUGGCACAGUACAAACCUAUGUCCCCAGGGUGAACCGAAUGGACCUGUCACCUGUAGUUGUUGUCAGGGGCUGACAAACUUCUCUCGAGCAUCACUGUGAAAUACCGAAGGCUUCAUGAGUGGGUCCCACGACACCCCGUCACUACUCUACCCCGCUGUAAGACAUCUCCACAAUGAGAUGUCUUCAUAAUCUGAGUUAACUUAAGUAGAAACGUCCUAAUUUUCAUUUUUUGUCACAAAAUGCCCUUCUGGUUUGGAUAUGGAUUUGUUGUUUGUUUGUUUGUUUGUUUGUUGUUUGGGUUUCUUUUUGCCCAUCAUUUACAAAUGGGAAACACCUAGUCCAGUGACUCAGAUCUCUAAUCCUAGCUCUUUGGGAGACUGAGGUAAAGCCAACCUGAGCUACACAGCAAAUAAAGAGCUAGCCAGAGCAAUUUAGUGAGACCCUGUCAUUAAAUUCAAAACUGAAACUUCUAGAAAACAUACCUAUAGCUUUGUAGGUUGGCAAUUGCCUUUGUCAUUCUCCGCCUUACUCUUUGCUCUGGGUUUUCUCAGGGGAGAUAAGGGGGCAGCUGAGAAAGCCAAAGAGAUUUGCCUAUCUACACUUCUCCCAGCAACUCUGCAGGAAUUACUGGCAUGCAGUCACUGACUGCCUUUCAUGUGGGGCUAGAGAUUUGAAUUCAGGCCCUCACAUUGUAGCCAGCCCUCUCCCCCACUAAGCCACCUGUUUAUAUUUCCCAGAUAGUAGCCCUUUGUCAUAUGCAUUGUACCAAGGACCUCAGGACCCAGCAGUGUUUGCUUCUUUUGUGCAAAGUGUGUGUGAUUUCUUGAUUGGCUGGUUGCUUUUUCUUGUUGCUGGAAAUUGAGAUAGGGUCUGGUUUUUGUAACCCAGGCUUGCUUUAAACUCACAGGCCUUCUUCAAACUCUGAGUACGGGGACUUUAAGCCACCACACCUGGAUUGAAAGAAAUGUCUUUGGAAGAUAAUUCUUCGAUCUUAGAUAAAAUCAAUUUAACCAAGCAGUAUUUGGCUGUAGUAAAUGUACUUAUGAGCUCGGAGAAUUUGGAAGACAAGAAGAGAGGAAAAAAAAAAAAAAACAAAAAAUAAAACAAACAAAAAAAAAACCCCGAAACUACUUUCAUGAAUUUAAAAAGAAAAGUCUUUCUUCAUUGGUUAGAAGUAUGUUUUCACUUUUCUCCAACUCUUUCAGGAUAGUAGUUGAAUUCUGACAGCAUAUCCGGUUGUGCAAUCUAUUGUUCUAUACAGCAGAAAGUAGCUUUCAAAGCCCUGGUGUGGCCAGUGCUGCCCGAAGGCAUGCAUCUGAUAUUAAUGAAGUGUUACUUUGCUUUGACAAGUUUACAGGCGUCCCUCUUCUGAGCCAGCUGACGCAAUUAAAAGUAGGAAAAGACCCUCCCACUUGGCACUGCUAACUGACUGUGAUGGGCUCCUCUGCCUUGCUUGAAGUGGUCCUGAAAUCAGAGAGAACUUUUGACAUCUGAAGUACGUUAGGAAGUCAUGAAGUCAUACUGACUAAGAUCACACUUCGGGGAGAACCGUAGCCCGUGGCAUGCUCCAGAUCCGCACGGCGAGGCAAAGCCACCUUUAGCUGGUACCUGGUUCUCGCGCCUGUAGACUAUUUCUCCAGCGUUCUGCACCCUGUUGGAACCGGUCUGGCAUGCUUGACAGGCAGUUGGUGUCUUCUCAGACUCAAUCCAGUAUUCCUGGGGGUUCGGCAGACUCCUACACCAGCCGCCCAUCGGAUUCAGAUGUGUCUUUGGAAGAGGACCGGGAGGCAGUCCGUAGAGAAGCUGAGCGGCAGGCCCAGGCCCAGUUGGAAAAAGCAAAGACAAAACCUGUUGCAUUUGCAGUUCGGACCAAUGUCAGGUACAGCGCAGCCCAGGAGGAUGACGUCCCGGUGCCCGGCAUGGCCAUCUCAUUCGAGGCAAAAGAUUUUCUGCAUGUUAAGGAAAAAUUUAAUAAUGACUGGUGGAUAGGACGGCUGGUUAAAGAAGGCUGUGAAAUCGGAUUUAUUCCAAGCCCGGUCAAACUAGAGAACAUGAGGCUACAGCAUGAACAGAGAGCCAAGCAAGGGAAAUUCUACUCCAGUAAAUCAGGAGGAAAUUCAUCAUCCAGUUUGGGUGACAUAGUACCCAGUUCCAGAAAAUCGACACCUCCAUCAUCUGCUAUAGACAUAGAUGCUACUGGCUUAGAUGCAGAAGAGAAUGAUAUUCCAGCAAACCACCGCUCCCCUAAGCCCAGUGCAAACAGUGUAACGUCACCCCACUCCAAAGAGAAAAGAAUGCCCUUCUUUAAGAAGACAGAGCACACUCCUCCUUACGAUGUGGUACCAUCCAUGAGACCAGUGGUGUUGGUGGGCCCCUCCCUGAAGGGGUAUGAGGUCACAGAUAUGAUGCAAAAAGCACUGUUUGAUUUUCUAAAACACAGAUUUGAAGGACGGAUAUCCAUCACAAGAGUUACUGCUGACAUCUCCCUGGCCAAACGCUCAGUAUUAAACAACCCCAGUAAGCACGCAAUAAUAGAAAGAUCCAACACAAGGUCGAGCUUAGCGGAAGUUCAGAGUGAAAUUGAAAGGAUUUUUGAACUUGCAAGAACACUGCAAUUGGUAGUCCUUGACGCGGAUACAAUUAAUCACCCAGCUCAACUCAGUAAGACCUCUCUGGCCCCUAUCAUAGUGUAUGUAAAGAUUUCUUCUCCUAAGGUUUUACAAAGGUUAAUAAAAUCUCGAGGAAAGUCUCAAGCAAAGCACCUCAAUGUCCAGAUGGUGGCAGCCGAUAAACUGGCCCAGUGUCCCCCGCAGGAGUCAUUUGAUGUGAUCUUGGAUGAGAACCAACUUGAGGAUGCUUGUGAGCAUCUCGCCGACUAUCUGGAGGCGUACUGGAAGGCCACCCACCCUCCCAGCAGUAACCUCCCCAACCCUCUCCUUAGCCGGACUUUAGCCACCUCAACUUUACCUCUGAGCCCCACCCUUGCCUCUAAUUCACAGGGUUCUCAAGGUGAUCAGAGGACUGAUCGCUCUGCUCCCCGGUCUGCUUCCCAAGCUGAAGAAGAACCUUGUCUGGAACCAGUCAAAAAAUCCCAACACCGUUCUUCCUCAGCCACACACCAAAACCACCGCAGUGGGACAGGUCGAGGCCUCUCUAGGCAAGAAACGUUUGACUCUGAAACCCAAGAGAGCCGAGACUCUGCCUACGUGGAGCCAAAGGAAGAUUAUUCACAUGAACAUGUGGACCGCUAUGUUCCACACCGUGAACAUAACCACAGAGAGGAGAGCCACAGCAGCAAUGGCCACAGGCACAGGGAGCCUCGCCACCGCACUAGGGACAUGGGUCGAGACCAGGACCACAAUGAGUGCAGCAAACAACGAAGCCGGCAUAAAUCUAAGGAUCGCUACUGUGACAAGGAAGGGGAAGUAAUAUCCAAAAGAAGGAGUGAGGCUGGCGAGUGGAACAGGGAUGUAUACAUCCGCCAAUGACCGUGCGUGUCUCUGCCCCCAAGUCUUGUGUAACAUCAUCCUUAAGCAAAAUCUUUGGGGCUCCAUUGCAACCAUCUGUGAUCUGUCUUGUAUAUUUUGUAUUGCUGUUGCUUGAAUAGCAAUAGCAUGCAAUCAAGUAUUACUAUACAUUCUUUUGUAAGUACCACAGAAAUUGGCCUAGUACAAGCUGCAGUCCUCAGUCUAUAUCCUGAACUCUUCAAAAGCUGUUUGGGGUAGCUGCCACCUGAACAGAGUGGCUUCAGAAAUGUAGUUAAUGUAUUCAGUGAGCCAGAUGCAGCACAGAUAACAAGUGGAAUUCCUCCAUAUUUUUAAUACCCAGAUACCUGACCUGUCAUUCUUUCAUGGACCACUGUUUCUUGCUUGUACCUCUGGCUGACUAAAUUUGGGGACAGAUUCAGUCUUGCCUUACACAAAGGGGAUUAUAAAGUUAGAAUCUAUUUUCUAUGUACUAGUACUGUGUACUGUGUAGACAGUUUGUAAAUGUUAUUUCUGCAAACACCUUAUUAUAAUUAUAUAUAUAAUAUAUAUAUAUAUCAGUUUGAUCAUACAAUUUUAGGGUCUUAAUGCCAAGUCAGCAGAUUUGCUUUAUGAAUCACAGGGACUAGAAAUGCCCACAUUCAGGAAAUUUCUAAUAUUGUCUAGACUCCUCUCCCUAUUCUAAGAGAGAGCCUGUAUAUAGUGUAAAUACGUGUGAUUGCUUGACUUGAGGUUUGAUUUCUGAAUGUAAUCCCAUCCUUGUAAGUUUUUCAUUUUAACCAUAAAUUAUGGUAAAUGUAACCAACUCCAGAGGUUUUUCUACUCCAUACAGUCCACACUGAUUGUGACAAACACGUUCUUAGCAGCUAGUGUCUGUGGUAGUCACUGCACUGGAGUAUCCAAGCGGAGCCCACCAUGUGCACAUGCGUGUGUGAGUGUGAGAGUGAGUGGCUGAGACAAAGUGGAAUGCAGAAGACUAAUGCGGAAACCAGAGGCUGAUGGACCUGGCUUUGCAUUUAACUGUUGUAUGUUGCUUUCGAACCCACUGAGCAGCCAGGGAAUGUGAGGAAGCUUGCUGCCAAAGGAACUAGGGAAGCACUUAGUGGCUGACUCCCUGCUUUUGCCCCUGAAGAGAGAAAACAUGGGCGUCUUGUACUGUGAGUGUUCCACUGGAAAUGGACAAUCUUUGUGUGUCAGAGUAUUUUGUUUUAGUAAGAAAUGUUUACACAGCUUGUGCAAUUAUUUCGUAGGGAAAUAAAUUUUUAUAACUUGUCCCACUUCACUUUCUAAACGUGCCUAUUGCUCCUCUUGUUCAUCCUCAGCCACCGCUCUUCUUCCCCUGCACCAAGCUGUGCAGCUGCACUGUCGGAAUCUAGAAGUGCUUCUUAGAACCAAAGUUCCUGCUAAAUCUUUAGAAGUUAUCAGGGCAAAAAUGGAAUGACUUGAAGCAAAAAAAGUUGAAACAUUUUCUUUUACGAGACAUCUCUAAGGGAGAACGUAGAAGACACUUUUUUCACACCUCAAUUUGCUUUCGUUAAGAAGCUUAAACUGCUCUUAGCCGAGGCUAUCCAAUCUCUGUCUCUCAAGAGCCCAGUGCUGAUGGAGAGGUAAGACUGUAUGAGCUCCACACGCCCCUAGCAUUCGAAGCCUUCGCAGGAAAAUGUCUAUCUGUGAUUACCCAACCAGAUCAGUAUAUACUAAAACAAGUAAGUUACAAUAAAUAUAUUUUUGUUUUGUUUCCGGGUUACUUCACAUUCUUCUGAAAUAUUCUUAGGCAUUCGUAUGAAAAGCAGUUUGACAUUUACUACUUUAUACUAUACCCAAGAAAACUCAAGCAUUUAAAACGUGAGUUGCAUAUGUAUUUGACCAGUGGGUUACCUGCUUAGAGAAUGAAAUUUUCCUCAGAACAGCACUCCACGCUUACAGAAAUACAGACGAUACCCAGCAAUCUCUGACCCAAACUGAGAGCGUACGCAUCACAGACAGACUUUCUACAGUGAUCUACUCCUUUCCGGUGUGUGUGUUUCAUCCAGAGGAAUGGCUGAGACACUCAGCCUCAUGAUGGAUGGUGUUUCUCUUACCUGCAGUUACCAGGCUUCCCUUUCAGACCAGUUCUAAUGCUGUCCGUCCAUUUGCUUAAUGCGAGCAUGUGCGUGCACAUCACAGCAUCCCCCCUACUCUGCCGAAAGCUCUGACAUAGGCACCUGUGUGUGAAAGCUACAUACUUGGGCUCCCAAGGAACAUGGCUGACUUCCUGACUAAUGGGAUGUAACACUGCUCUUUUCAUGAGCAAAAGUUUAAUCUUACCUGACUCACUUGUAGAAUCCUGAUUUUUUUUUUCCUGUAGUCAAGCUAGGAAACGCUGGAAAUGUAGUUAACAGUGUUAUACUUGUGUCAGUCACUUGAAUUUCUCCUCUGCUUUCUCAACUGCUCAUUUACUUACUGUUACAAAAAAAGGUGCUGCUAAAAGUAGGACGUCUUCAGUCACACUGUACUGCAGACAAUGCCACACUCAACUUGUCUGCUCUGCAUCCCUGUUAACAAACACUCCCUGUCACGACACUGAACUGUUUGAUGAACUUGGUUUAAAGUAAUUCAUGGAAACAAAUAAAGAGCUGGCUUCUGCACUGUU